AUGGAUAUCUCCAAACAGACCAGUCCUGAAGGCAGGAAUCAGGCUAGAGUUCAAGGUGUUGACAUCAAGACCCCCAAGCAGAUGGCACAUCUGAUUGUGACCUCAAAUCUGCACAGCUUGGAAAGCUCCCAGGACAUCUUGCAGGUGCUAAGCAGAGAUCUGUGCAUAGAUGUCUCUACCUUUAUGAUCCACUUUAAUAAGUAUGCCCAGGAGGCUCACCUGAGUGCCCUGCCCAAUGCUACAGUCGGGGCUGCCAUCCUGAGGGCUGUUCUAGACAGGCUGGCCCCUAACUCCCACCUCUUCCCUGCCUCCCUGUGGGCAGAGUGGUUCCAGCAUCAGCUCCCCCUGCUCCUCCCGUAUGUGACAACAACUGCCCUUGCCAGACUCAGCACGAAUGUCUCCUGUGACUCCUACCAAGCUGUAGUGAAGGGAUUCAAUGCAGUUUAUGAAACUCUCUCAACCACAGCAAGAAGUGACAUCUACAAUGAAUAUAUGAGGAAAUACUUAUUACAACAAACCGGUUCAACAGGAGGUUCAGCAUGCCCAGGGAACACAACUAGAUCAGCUGACUGGCUGGCCAAGAAUUUGGGCAAGUUUUCAACCAAUGCUCCCCUCAGUGAUCUGGAUACAUUCUACCCUAAUAUUACUUCAGAUAUUGAAAUUUUCACAGAACUCCUUUCAAAGGAAACCUUUCAGACAUUAGGGACCUUGGCUGUUGAGUUAACACCAUCCGUGAUACUGAGUAAGGCAGAUGGACAGAUGCUAAACAGGACACUCCCAAUUCUAUCCACCAUUAGGGACUGGACCACUGCCCAAGCUUCUGUCAUUAUGAAGAAACUCCUUCAAAAUGGACUUCAGCUCACACAAGCUAGAGAUGUACUAGACCUGGGAACGUUAAUAUCUGGGCUUCCCUCAAGUGAAAUAAACCAGCUAAAUGAUGAUGCCAUCCUUCAGCUUGUGGCAGAUGAGAAUUUCAUCAACAUUCUCCAGAGGGCCCCAGAGACCUUACAAUAUGCAUUUGUACACAGGAUCUUACAAAGGAAUGAAGGAAAGGUUUUUCCCAGAGUUCCAGCUGCUCUGGCCUCCCAAAUCCCCUUGUCCCAACUGCUUUCUUCCCAAAUGGACAUUAAUGAAAUCAACAAAAUGCUGUGGACACCUGCCCAGGCCCAAGUGUUAUUCCAAACUGUGCUCAAAUCUCCUCUAAAAUAUUCACAAUUGUCCUCAAGUCUGCUACAGGGCUUCAGCUGUGGAGCAGCCAGCUUCUUGAACCAGAGUCAAUUUGCUGAGCUUAUCAGAGUCUUGGCCAGUAAACACAUCAGAAUAGACAAAAGCCAACUCAGCUGCACAGCCAAGAAACUAAUAGAGCUCAUCACACCAUCAGAUUUUGAGGAAUAUCCUGCUGAUAUCCUGAUUUAUUUGGGGCUGGAAAAAGAACUUGGCCCAGACAACUGUGAAAAAUAUUUUAGGCAAAUUGGACGUAUUCAUUUUGAUAUCUUAAAAGAGAAGGCUUCUAAAUGGAAAACUCUCAUGGACCAGGCUGAGCAUUGCCUGGGAAUUUCAAGUGACUCUCUUUCCAAGAAAAAUCUACAAAUUUUGGGUAAUUUGUCCUGCGCUUUGAAUGAGUCACAAAUUAUACAAUCUGACCCUUAUGUACUCCAAGUGCUACAGCCCUGUUCAUCAUUCACUGCAUCUCAAGUCACAGCCAUUCAGCAUAAGUUGGAAGACAUCUUUGGGUCUCCAUCAACAUGGACAGCCAGCACCCUGCAGAAGAUGGGUAAUCUUGCCAGCAUUUUAGAAAGCAAAAUCCUCCAGAGAAUCCCAGAGACCUCAAAGACACAGUUCUUUCCAAAUUUCUUGAGUUGGCUAAAGAUCCACAACAAAGAACAGUUCACAUACAGUUUGAAACAACUCAGAGGACCCAAGAGGAACAAAAGGGACACAACUUGUCUGGGAGUCCCAUUAACAGCAGAAAAAGUAAGAAAGGAGAGAGACAUGAUAGCUGCCAGAUACACUUCAAGUAGUGAUCUGAAAGCCUGCUUGCCGGACAGCAUCCUAAAAAACCACUUGGAGAUAUUUGGGAGUAUGGAGUUUGAGGAUCCCCUGCUCCAGGUUCUGAAGAUGAAACUAGAUGAGAUGCUUGGAGUGCUUCCCGAAGACUACCUUCCACUCCUGGGACACAUAACCAAAGCAUACCAACCUGCAGAGAUGGCCAGGUGGAACAUCACUGCAGUUGAUACUUUAGUCGCCCUCCUGAGAGGAACUUCUUGGCUAAAUCAGGAUGAAAAGGUCAAUGCAAUGGUCAACCAGUACCUAAAAGGAAACCAUACCCAGCUAGGAGGGACCAUCCUCACUGCACUGGAUCCUUACAUCUGUGCUCUGGAAGACCAUCUGCUGCAGCAAAUCAGUCCUGAGGCCAUCUGGGAGCUGAGAUCACCCUUGAAUAUUUCUCAGUGUUCUCAAAGAAAGAAAAACCUCAUCUACCACCAGAUAAAAGCCUCAGUCCUGGAGCACCAGAAUACACACAAUGCCUAUUAUCAGAUGCUAAAGUCUUUGCUUGGAGGAGCCCCAGCUGAAGAUCUCAUCCAAUUUGCGGCUCAUUCCCCAGUAAUGGACAUGGAUACCUUUACAACCCUCAAUCCUGAGGAGGUUAAGAAAUUAAGUCCUCAAAAUCUAAAAGACUUACUUGACACGAAUCUCUCUGAGCUAAACACCAUCGUUGAACAUUCUACAGUACAGGCUUGGGUAAAGGCUCAUACCCAGUCAGAAGUGAAUGCCAUUGGGCUCAAGAUUAUGGCUGGACAUCCAGACCCAACACCUGAUGGCUUCUUUGUUUUAACAUCAGCACCACCCAUUUCCAGAGCGGAAGGAGCCCUCUUGAAAGAACACACAAGCCAGAUUUCUUACACUACCCUCCUCGCCCUCUGUGGAGUAAUGAUUUCCUUGGGGGCUUCAUAACUAUUUGAGAAUAUACGACAGCACCAUAUCAUUUGUAAAACCAGCACAAAAGAGAAAUUGCAAUCUACCCAAUGUACAAGUGAUUUGCCACCUGUUUCUUGAAUGGAGAAUAUAAGGAUACAUUGUGAGAAGUCCUUAACUUUUAACUGCAGCAACUUUCCUACCUCACAUGGGUAUUGUAAGAUUUGCUUCAUAUUGACAAAUAUAGAACUUCUCAAAAGAAAGAAAUGUUGUAUCUGACAUAUUUCCAGUGUUGUGGUUUAUUGUCCUUUAGUUAUUCCAUAAGGUCACA